AGAGAGAGAGAGAGAGACACACACACACACACACUUACAUACACACACACACACACACAUCCCAUCACAACCAUAUCACAGCUACACUGCAUGAUCCCAGUAUAGUAUAGCGCUGCGCGUAGGCAUCGAUUUCAUUUUAAAAGCUUCAUAAAGUGUCGUAGCGGCAAGGUGUGGUGCACCAAGGACACGGAGCCACUUCACCACCCUCUACACACGAUAGCGAAUCCUCGCGAUUGGUCUCUUUCAGUCUGCGUCGCGAAGAGACGAGACACACACCCCACUUCGCCUUUGAAGCAACGGCGCUCCGGAGAGAGGCGAAGCCAAUAGAGCCAGCGCCGCUAUGGAGGGAAUGCAGGCAUACGGAGCGGGCAAGGCCGGAGGGGCGUUCGACCCCGUCACCUUCUUCCAGCAGCCGCACACAGUCCUCCGCAUCGUGUCGUGGCUGUUCUCCAUCGUCAUCUUCGGGUGCAUUGCUAACGAGGGAUACAUCAACAAACCCAACGAGGUGGAGGAGUUCUGCAUCUUCAACCGCAACCAGAACGCCUGCAACUAUGGCGUGUGCAUGGGCUCUCUGGCCUUCCUGUGCUGCCUGGGCUUCCUGGCACUAGAUGUCUACUUUCCCCAGAUCAGCAGUGUCAAGGACCGCAAAAAGGCCGUGCUGGCAGACGCUGGAGUGUCUGCCUUCUGGUCCUUCAUGUGGUUCGUCGGCUUCUGUUUCCUGGCCAACCAAUGGCAGGUAGCCAAGUCCGAUGACAACCCCCUGAAUGAAGGGGGUGACGCGGCCCGCGCUGCCAUCACCUUCGCCUUCUUCUCCAUCUUCACAUGGGCGGUGCAGUCGUUCCUGGCCUUCCAGAGGUACAAACUGGGGGCAGACUCUGCCCUCUUCUCCCAGGACUACGUGGACCCCAGCCAGGACGCAUCCGGGGCCCCCUACUCCUCCUUCAGCCCCGGGGACGACCAGGAGAGCCCAGAGGCUGCGGGACAGGCCAGGGGUGAGGCGGGCUUUGAAGGCGGAGACGGCUAUCAGCGUCAGGACUACUGAAAACAGACCGUCAGGGGGUACAUGAGGUCAUAGGUUUUGGGGAUUGGGCCCUGGGGGGUGUAGUUGUUCGGGUUAGAAAAAAUGUAGAUGGGAUUAUAUUCAAUUUGACGAUGGGGUCGAAAGGGGGUUGUGGGAUGCAGGAAAACACGCUAAAUGAGAUCCAGGUCUCUCCUCCACGUUUGCCUUUUUUCUCUGAGGUGCAUUGUUUGGUUCUCUUUAUCAGUGUUUAUGCUAACCAAACAACAUGCAAGUACACACAUAUAGGCUACAGUGUAGCACAUGAAGUACCGUUGGAAAAUAACCUCCUUAGAACUGCACCAGACAGACAGACAACCUAUCACCUUAUCCAGGCUUCUGCUAGUCUACAUAUGCAUAGACACAUUAAGGUGCUUUUAGACUGCCACAACCAACAAACCCGGACAACAGUGGAAAGUAGGCUAUAGUUGCAUGGUGAAAAAACAAAAAUACAUCAUCAGGCCAUGUGCAACAACCACCAACUAUUGUUCAUUUCUGUUUGUUCCUGUUGGCUGGGGCAGUGUACCAACACUGAUAGACUUAGAGAUGGACAGCUUUAGUCCGUACAGGGGAUGGAGGUCAUGUUUAUUGCCCUACUAAAAAAAAUGUAGGUUUUGCUAUCGGCGGCCUUCGUGGAAACUGCCAAGCUUAAUUAAUCUACAACAACA